AUGGCUCUUUAUGGGCAGUGGCUGGGUGUCAUCUCCAUAUGCUUGUUAAUUGCACUUGGUAUCGUAGGUUUUUUGGGACAUUUUGUAUUUAGCAUUGUUGGCUGGGUCAUUGCGUUUAUUUUGUUGUUUGUCGAAGUGCCAUUUGCAACGAAAUGCUGUCCUACUAGCCCAAGAUUUGAUUCAUUCAUUGCAUUCUUUGGGAAUUCAUGGUUUCGUGCAGUCAUGUAUCUUUGCUUCUCUAUAAUCAUGUUUCUCUCAAACAUUAUUGGGCCGAGUAUUCUCAUUGUCUGUGCUGUUACUCUCUUAUUUUCAUCGCUUUGUUACGUUGCUGGUGCUCUUAUGGGACAAUCGUUUGCGAGCUCAAGCAUGCUGGGUGGCUCUGGUGUAGAUAAUGUGGUUUAG